AUGGAGGUGAAGGGGUCAGAGGUGCUGUGGCCGCUGUCGUCAGUAUUGUGGGAGCUGCGACUGCUUGGGCUGUGGGUGCCGCCCCCGGGCCGCCGACUGCGCCACCGACUGAUUCUCGCCUUCGUCAUGGUCUCACACGUCGCCAACUUCCUCGGCGCCUUCGCCAGCAUCACCAUGGACACACCCAGCGAUCUCCCGCAGCUCUCCUUCAUAGCCUACAACUGCCUCAUUGACGCUGGCCUCGCUUGCAAAAUGUUCUCGUUUUCGCUGGACGGUCAGCGCCUGACGGAGCUGCUGCGUCUGCUGGCGGCGUCUCGCCGGCGGUUCCCCGACAAGGCCGGCCAUCGGGCGCGUUACAAAGCCACAGCCGUCAAGCUGCGCCGCUUUAUGCAGGUGACAUACAGAAUCAACAAUGCGUACUGGUUUCUGGCUCCCAUUGUCAGGAACAUAAUGGCUGCAGUAUCUAAGAACAUUUCUACCAGCGAGAGAGUUAUUCCCCUUCCUAUAUGGCUGCCAUUCGACCUUCGGUCCUCGCCCGUCUAUGAGAUAGUGUACAGCCUAGAAAUGGCUUCCGGAUUGGCUGUUUCAGAGACUACUGUGCUCGUGGAUGGAACCCUGAUAGCACUGAUACUGCAAGUGGUCGCCGAACUGGCAGUCGUGAAUGACCAUCUCGCUGACGGCGCAACUGCAGCUCUAAAGCAUACACCAAGUGAGGUGACAAUCAUUGAAGGUAAAGUCCAGGACUCAAAUGUCCAGGUACCGCUGAAGUCAUCGUCGUUCUUCGACGAGGGAGCCACUUACGAUCUCUUGCACAGCGGGAAUUCUAAAAGUUCGAAAAGUGAAACAUAUCAACAGCUAGUUGGGAAUAUUCAGCACUACCAAACCAUUGUAAGCUGCGUGAAUCUCCUGCAAGAAAUUCUCAGUCGUGCCACCUCUGUACUUCUCUUCUGCACCACAGUCUGCAUCUGUUUCCAAGUCAUCGCAACUGCUGUUGUGUUGCAGAAGGACAUGGAUAUAGUGGAAUCUCUAAAGAUGCUGAUGGGUUCAUCACUCUACGCAUACCAGGUCGCACUCUUCUGUCUGCUCGGCCAAAGGAUCAUCAAUCAGAGCGAGCAGCUGAUGCGCUCGGCCUUCGGCGGUGGCUGGCCGGAUGGCGACAUCCGCUGCUGGCGCCUGCUGUACAUGCUGUGCCUCAGCACCUCGAGGGCUCUCAGUCUCAAGAUCUGCGGAAUCUACACGCUCUCCAGGAUGACUCUGCUGCAGAUACUGAACGUCUCGUACAGUCUGCUGAACUUCAUAUACCAGGCAAAGGCCGAGCAAAGCGUUGCUAAGCAGGAACUGUAA